GGAAAUUUAAAUCGCGCCGGCCGGCUCCACGAGCCACACCGUCUCGGGGCUGAGGCUUGCUGGACGUUUCUGAGGGUCGCGGCCCCCGCAGCCUGUGAAUCCUGCACACUCUUCUGUGGAACCCGGAGCCCAUUUUACAGCUUUCUUCCUUUGUCUCAUAACGAUGUCCACCAAUGAGAACGCCAAUUCCCCAGCAGCCCGCCUGAACAGGUUCAAGAACAAGGGCAAAGAUAGCACAGAAAUGAGACGGCGCCGGAUAGAGGUUAACGUGGAGCUGAGGAAAGCCAAGAAGGAUGAUCAGAUGCUGAAAAGGAGAAAUGUCAGCUCAUUUCCUGAUGAUGCCACGUCUCCACUGCAGGAAAACCGCAACAACCAGGGUACUGUAAAUUGGUCUGUGGAUGACAUUGUCAAAGGCAUAAAUAGCAACAAUUUGGAAAGCCAGCUCCAAGCUACUCAAGCUGCUAGGAAACUACUCUCUAGGGAAAAGCAACCUCCCAUUGACAAUAUCAUUCGGGCUGGUUUGAUUCCAAAAUUUGUGUCCUUCUUGGGCAGAACUGAUUGUAGUCCCAUUCAGUUUGAGUCUGCGUGGGCCCUUACUAAUAUUGCAUCUGGGACAUCAGAACAGACAAAGGCUGUGGUAGAUGGAGGUGCUAUCCCAGCAUUCAUAUCUCUGUUGGCAUCUCCCCACGCUCACAUCAGUGAACAAGCCGUCUGGGCUCUAGGAAAUAUUGCAGGUGAUGGUUCAAUUUUCCGAGACUUGGUUAUCAAGUAUGGUGCAAUAGAUCCACUGUUGGCUCUUCUUGCAGUUCCCGAUAUGUCAUCUUUAGCAUGUGGUUACUUGCGUAAUCUUACCUGGACACUUUCAAACCUUUGUCGAAACAAGAAUCCUGCACCCCCACUUGAUGCAGUGGAACAAAUCCUUCCUACUUUAGUUCGUCUCCUGAUGCACGAUGAUCCAGAAGUACUAGCAGAUACAUGCUGGGCCAUUUCCUACCUUACUGAUGGUCCAAAUGAAAGGAUUGAAAUGGUUGUGAAAACGGGAGUUGUACCCCAACUUGUGAAGCUUCUAGGAGCUACUGAAUUGCCAAUAGUGACUCCUGCGCUAAGAGCCAUAGGAAAUAUUGUCACUGGGACAGAUGAACAGACUCAGAUUGUAAUAGAUGCAGGAGCACUUGCUGUCUUUCCCAGCCUGCUAACGAACUCCAAAACUAACAUUCAGAAGGAAGCCACAUGGACACUGUCAAACAUCACUGCUGGCCGCCAGGACCAAAUCCAGCAAGUUGUGAAUCAUGGAUUAGUCCCUUAUCUUGUUGGUGUUCUCACGAAGGCAGACUUUAAGACGCAAAAGGAAGCUGUAUGGGCUGUGACCAACUAUACAAGUGGUGGAUCCGUUGAACAGAUUGUAUACCUUGUUCAUUGUGGCAUAAUAGAACCAUUGAUGAACCUUCUGACUGCAAAAGACACCAAAAUUAUUCUGGUUAUUCUGGAUGCCAUUUCAAAUAUCUUUCAGGCUGCUGAGAAACUUGGUGAAACUGAGAAACUUAGUAUAAUGAUUGAAGAAUGUGGAGGUUUGGACAAAAUUGAAGCUCUACAAAACCAUGAAAAUGAAUCUGUAUACAAAGCUUCAUUAAACUUGAUUGAGAAAUAUUUCUCUGUAGAGGAAGAGGAAGAUCAGAAUGUUGUGCCAGAAACUACCUCUGAAGGCUUUGCGUUUCAAGUUCAGGAUGGUGCUCCUGGGACUUUUAACUUUUAGGUUGUACAGCCAAGGCAGAAUAUUGUUUGUUGUGAACCAUGUUUGGUAUAAGUGUGUCUUACUAUUUCUCUCCUAUGAACUCUUUUUAAAUGUGGUUUGUUAUCGUAGCACUUUUUACAAUGAAACUAUACUUGAACAGUUCCAAACUGUACAUACUGUAUGAAGCUUCUCUCAAUGGAUUUCUUAUUUCUAUGUGGAAUUUCAUAUCUUUCAGUGUCCUGUAAAUAAAGAUUGAAUUCCACCUUUU